UCAUACAUGCCGUCUAUAAACACACAGACAGACAUAUAUAAUAUCUAUAUAUAGCUCAUACAUAUGCACUUCAAGCUUCAAUCUCUCUCUCUUCCAUUUUCCGGCGAUGGGCUCUCCGGUGGAAUUCAAGGAGCUCCGGUUACCGGCGUGUGUUCUCUACGCGCUUCACGUCGCAGCUUUCUUCAGAGACCUAAUCGCUACUCUCUGUCAGUACAUCGGCUUACCCGACGAGACCCGGCAACCCGAUCCGCCCCGACAAUCUUCCGCAGCAGACGAUGGCGCGUGGCGUGACGUGCCGCCGUCGAGUCUCGUGGAUAAGAUCGUACCGAUGGUACGGUUCUCGGAUCUCCAACCCGACCCGGAAGACUGCUGCACGGUGUGUCUGAUGGAGUUUGGAUCUGACGACGAGAUCCGGCGGCUCAGGAACUGCCGCCACGUGUUCCACCGGGGUUGUCUGGACCGUUGGAUGGUGAGCCACCACAAGAUGACGUGUCCGGUUUGUCGGGACCGGUUCGUACCGGAUGAGAUGAUGGAAGAUUUCACGCAUUGGGUCUCCGGUUCCGGUCCGGUUGUGUACGGACUCUACCGGUGGUGGUUUUGAUUUUAACUUUGCUCCAAUCCAACACAAUGUUACUUGUAAUGUAAAAAUGUUAGAAGUUAUAAUUAGUGUUAAUUAUUUUUGUUGUUUUUAUUUUGUAAAAUAUAUGGUUGAUUUGUCAACCAAGCAAUGUUCUAUAUGUAACAGUUUCAAACUAAAUGAUUUUAGAAAAGAA